UCAUUCUGUGGGAGUGUCUCCCACUUAAACUUUCUGUUUCAUUUCCUCGGAGAGGGCAGGAUAGUUGCAGUGUGUUAGGGUUGUGUUGUUUUAAUUUGGAAAAGAAGACUGAUGGAGAGGAAAAUAAUCCCGUUAAGACUCAUGUUUGACGAAGAAGAAGAAGAAGAAGGAGCAGAAGAUAGGGACAGGAGAAGUAGCUUAAGGAAAAGAAAGAGAGACAGAUAUAUUGAAGAUGAUGAUGAUGAGGAGGAGGAAGAGGACAACAAGGAAAGCAGCGAGCAGCCAGGCCCAUCCACACAGUGCACUCACAACGAGAGGAUGCAUAAAAAUAGAUUGUUGACUGUAACCUGUGGAAACAAAACAGGCAUCCUGGAUGUAGAAAAGCUGAACAGGGGUGAGGAGUGUAUCAAAUGUCAGAACAGCUGGUUCUCUCCCCCCACCUUUGAGGAAUUCGGAGGGAAAGGCUGCUGUAAAAAAUGGAAAAGAAGUAUUUUCUAUGGAAAUAAGCCACUCCAGUUUUUGUUUGAGCAAGGUUCCUUAACCACCAAGGGAUUUAAAAAGAGAGGAACUUCCCCAUCAAAGCAAAAGAAAAUCCAGUCAUCAUUUCGCAUAUCAGAUAGCUCCUCUGAAGAAUCACAAAUACAGUCCGCAGAAGAAACUGAGGAAGAUGAUGUUAGAGAUGAAGACUGGAUUCCAGGCAGUGAAGAAUUGGUCCUGGAGACAGAGGAAGAAAGGGUAGGGGUUGAAAAUGGAGGAGAGGUUAUAGACUCAGGAGCUGACAAGAGUGAAGAAGAGGAAGAUAAAAAGCAACAGGGAGAAAUAGAUGAGGACGUGCCUGCUGUUGAUGAUAACGACAACGGUGUUUGUGAAGAGAGGGAGCCAAAAUUGAUCCAUUCAACACCUGAGAAACGUGCAUUGGAGAAGAAAGUCAAAGUUGUCGUCAAAAGGCUUCCAGGGUUUCAGGUAAAGACUGCUUGUCAGUCCAUCUACGUGGAGCGUGAUACACUGAACGACAGUUCAUAUGAUGGGAAUGCACAAAAUGAAGAGGACAGACAACACAAUUGUUCAGCAAUAGAUGACCCCUCCGUCUCAGCUGGCACACUCAUUGAUCCUUCUGAGAUGUCAGACAUCAUUGUUCGAGGCUCUGAGAAAGAAAAUGGGGAGGAGUUUGUUCAAAGUGAUGAAAGAAAAGAAAAUGGACAGACAGAAAUCAAAACUGAAACCGGAAAUUCUCCAACACCUCUAUAUGCACUGGCUACCUCGACUCCAGACAUCAAACCGGAAACUGAAAACAUGGAAGCAACCAGCAAUCACUGGGAGGAGAGAGAAGGAACGGAGCGUUGUGGAAAUACGCCGGAAAAAAACCAAAGUAGAGAAGAGGGGCCUGAAAUUCAGAUACGAUGGAUUCAAGGAUUUGAAGACUGUGAAAAUGCUAAUAACGACCAUCUUAACAUGUCAACUUCUGAAGCCAGUGGUCAAACGUCACCCAUACAGAGAGGUAUCAAGAAGGAAAACAUGGAUGCAGUGUGUGGUGGCGCUCCCACUGAAUUCCAGAGUGUGCUGGUUGCCUGGACGCCCUCUGGCUACGAAGCAGCGGAAUCACAAGUGAUGAAGCUUGAGACGAGAGUUCCUCAAACAAACCGAGCCUCAGACAUCAGUCAGUCCUCUGACAUGGCGGAGGCUGCGUCCUCUAGGCCCUCCACUAGCUGCGAUCUGGAUACAAUGGACCUUGAUCAGCUGAGGAGAGAGAAAAUAAAGCUGCAGAUAAAAGUCUUGAAGCUACAAGAGGAAUACUACACUCAGAAAAUAAGGGAACGUAAAGAAUGACGACGUUUCAUUGGAGCCUGAUUGGAUGGUGCAAAAGGACAAUACGAUCACUCAGGGAUCACUGAGGGUGUUUACUCAACACUCCUGUCAAAACCUGCUAAAGUUGUCAACUUUAUCAUCAUCAUUUCCAUCUUCCAUCAUCAUCCAGCAGACAGAUUGUACCUAUAAACUUGAAACAACUAAAACAACCUAUCCAUCCAUCAUCUAUACCCGCUUAUCCUUUUCCAUUGGUUCAGAAGGUACAGGGGGUAGAGCGGGUCAGGGGUUGCUAACCAAAAGGUUUGCGGUCCGAUCCCCAGCUCCCCCCCUGCAUGUGAAAGUGUCCGGACUCCACAUUGCUCCUGAUGCUGUGCCAUCUGUGUGAAUGGGUGAAUAUGACAAGUAGUGCAAAGCCUUUUGAGAGGUUGGAGGACAAGAAACUCUGCAACACUCUCUCUCUCCUUUUACUCUUCCGUCAUUCGUUGUGUAAGAAAAUGAUUGUACUGUGCGCCAACCUUUGACUUGACAUUAUCAAAGAUGUGCAUCAAAAGUGUAGUUUGUGAAAUAGCAGAUUGUUAUCUAUAGAGCUGAAAACUUCAUUUGAAUACCAAAAAAAGAGGACUUGUUCUCCGCUAUGGAAUUUGACUCAUCUGAGACCUGACUAAAGUCUUUUAAUCCUGCAGAAUCCUAAAGCAGUACAAAUGAAUCAAGUGUG